UGCUUUUAGAUUUCUACCUCAUGAACAGGAACAAAGCACUGGCAGCAUUCAGCUGGGAUUUAGAGUGAGAGAAAAUGUCACUGCUAAAGCACUUGAGUUGCCAUCUCAUAUUUACACUACCUGUAUUCAUUGGAGCAGAAAGUGUUAAUGAAUAUUACACAACCCGUUGGGCCAGAUGCAUCUACAGCUCCCCUGAUCUCAGUGACAUGGAGUAUAUUGACAGCUAUUAUUUCAAUAAAUAUCUAUUCACAGAGUUCAACAGCACUCUGGGAAGGUUUGUGGGGUUUGGUGAGUAUGGAAUGAAAAAUGCAGAGCUCUGGAACAAUAGCACCUUUCUGCAACGAGAGAGAGCUAAUGUUGAUGCAGGAUGCAGAUUCAAUAUUAGAACCAAGGAGACAGCUGUCCGUUUUAAAACACUGAAACCGAAGGUCAUUCUCAGUUUAGUGAAGCAGGCUGGUGGCAGACAUCCAUCCGUGUUGAUGUGUAGUGCAUAUGAAUUUUAUCCUCAACACAUCAAAGUGUCCUGGCUGAGAGAUGGUAAACUAAUGACAUCUGAAGUUACCGCCACAAUGGAGAUGGCUAAUGGUGACUGGUGCUACCAGAUUCACUCUGAGCUGGAGUACACCCCCAAAUCUGGAGAAAAAAUCUCCUGCAUGGUUGAGCAUGCCAGCUCAACUCAACCCAUGAUCUAUGACUGGGAUCCCUCUAUUCCUGAAUCUGAGAACAAUAAAAUCGCCAUUGGUGCCUCUGGUCUGGUGCUGGGAAUCAUCACAGCAGCUGCUGGUCUUGUUUACUACAAGAAGAAAUUAGCAGGGAGGAUCCUGGUACCUAAUUAAUGAUGUUAAGUUUCUCAUUAAAGUUUGAUAACUCAGCUGUCAAACUCAGUAACUUGAAUAAGAGUUAUACAAAUUAAAGAAUUUAUCCUUUAUGACAUGACUAUCACACAAUCCUAAUGUCUACAAUUCUUUAACUGUUUUAUUUCUAAAAUUUAAAACAUGAAAAACAAACAUGAUAUAUAAAAUCCAAUACUUUUCCCACAUGUGAACAUUGUACGAAUAUUAAGUCAUAUUUGAGCAACUUUUUUUAUUUUUUUAACCUUCAUUCAGAGACUCUUAUUUUGAUAUUCAUUUCAUUACGUUGUUCCAGUUUUCUUGUUUGCUGCGUUUAUUUGCUGUUUCCUUGGUUUUAUUGGUUUUUGAAAUUUGUUUUAUAGUAACUGAUUGUUAACUGAUUAACACCUGUUCCUUGUUUAGUUCUUCAUUUAGUCUGUGUAUUUAUAGGUCUCUGUUUCAGUUGUUAUUUGUCUGUUAUUGUCUAUGGUUAGUGUUGGUUUGCUUUUUUCUGUGUGCUCCAGAGUUCCUUGUUUUGUUUAAUAAAGACCAACUGUAACAGCUGGCAAUGAUGUAAAUAAUGUUAAAUACAGAGAUGGAGAUUAUUGUAUAAUAGAGAUAAUUGUUCUUGCUCUAUACACUAUAAUGUGCUUAGAAGCAAAGAGUUUGAUGAAAUGGAAACAAGACAAAGACCUAACUAAAACAUAUGUGAUGAGCAUAUUUUACUCUACUUCUUUAAAUUAGAAAAGUGAAUGUACAAAGUUACAUGUAAUUUAGUCAGAACGUCUGGAGUCUGAUGUCAGAAGGUCUGGACUCUGUCACAGCUUUCAUUGGCCAAGGAUCGCCCAAGAGGACGUUUGACUGACAUGUAAAGCAACCAAUCACAGUUUGUUUUGUUCCGUGUCAUGUUUAGGGGUGUGAAAAUGUAAAGCCAAUAACAGACCAGCAUGCAUCUAAUAAAUUAUUCAUUUAACACUG